AUGCGUCUCUACCGAGCCCGGCGUGAUCGUGAGCGAGUUACAAUCCAAGAACAAUACGCCAUACUCGGAUUCAUCUCCUCUGGCACUUACGGAAAGGUAUACAAAGGACAGCCCAGAGCACUAGUCGAUUCACAUCUUCCUGGACAGAAUUCUAGGGAGGCGCGAGGAGAUCUGGUAGCGAUCAAGAAAUUCAAACCAGAUCGAGAGGGUGAGGUGAAUUAUACUGGUAUUAGCCAAAGUGCUUGCCGUGAAAUCAUGCUCAACCGUGAAAUCCAGCAUGAAAACGUGGCUUCUCUGAAACAGGUUAUGUUACAAGACAAAUCAAUCUACCUCGUCUUCGAGUAUUGUGAGCAUGACUUUCUUCAAAUCAUCCACCACCACUCUCAAUCGCGUAGCAAUAUACCUGAAAGUACCCUCAAAUCCCUGCUUUGGCAGCUCCUCAAUGGUGUUAAUUACUUACACGCGAAUUGGAUCGUACAUCGUGACUUAAAGCCCGCCAACAUCCUAGUCACUGAUCGUGGGGUGGUAAAGAUAGGUGAUUUGGGCCUUGCACGUAGCUAUCACUCACCUCUACAAUCGCUCUACUCGUCCGACAAGGUGGUUGUGACGAUUUGGUACCGAUCACCAGAUCUGUUACUUGGUGCUCGUCAUUAUACUCCAUCAGUCGAUAUUUGGUCAGUUGGAUGUAUCAUGGGUGAACUCCUCUACCUUCGUCCGAUGUUUAAGGGUGAGGAAGCCAAGCCUGAACCGCAUUCAAAGAAGGGUGGAAGUGGAGUUCCAUUUCAACGAGAUCAACUUCAUAAAAUUUUCGACAUCCUCGGUCUAGCUACCAAAGAAGAAUGGCCCUCUAUUGUACAUUUGCAAGAAUACCCACAUCUUGCUCGGACUACCAACUCACUUCGACAUUGGUAUAAUGCAAGGACGACUUCGUUUAGGUCUUCACCUGCAGCUCAAAACGAAGGCUAUGAUCUACUGUGCCAACUCCUUCGAUACGACCCAUCCAGCCGGAUCACAGCUAAAGAAUCUCUCACUCAUAAAUAUUUCAGCUUGAGCUUCCCUCCGCUUCCGAGUCUAAAUUGCUUUGAUGGUCAACAUGGAGUUGUCUAUCCCGUCCGGAGAGUCACACCUGAUGACUCAGAUCCGAAAAUGUCCGUGGCUGGUCCGGCUGCCCCCAGUGGUGGUGGAGCAGGCUUACUUGGUGCAAAGAGUACAUACAAUCCUCUCAGUGCUCUACAUACAGCUAGCCGACCUGGUACUGCAGGACAUGAUGGACUACCUGUACGGAGCUCUAAACGCGCUCGAUAUGAUUGA